AUGGCACCCAAACGCCCAUGUCCAGCAUGUGGCCAAAUCAGCCACCCGCUGAGAGAGUGUCCAUUCCGCGGUUUCCACGAUGAAAGCCAGGACAAGCCCUCCAUUACUACGGUCACUAUUACUAGGACCCUACCGGGCUCAUUUGCUCACCUAGGCCUGAGGGGUCGCGCAAAGCGGCAGGUAGCGCACCCACUCCGAUCACUCGAGCUCCGCAAACCAAAGCCAUCUCCACUGGCUCUAUACUGUGAGACAUCGGUGCCCACAGACGACGCUGUUGAGGCUACUCCGAUCACCGAGUCGAUGCCGAGCGAGGACGCUGUUGAGACCACUCCGGCCAACGAGCCGACUAUCUCCGCUAAUGGCACUGAAAGGAACGAGUCAACUUAA